CCGGCUUUUUGCUGUGCUUUUUUCCGCACAGGGAGCCAGGUGUGCCGCCCCCCGCUGCUGCACGGCUCGCUGCCGUGGCUGGACGGGAGCAAGGCGCUGAGCAGCCACCACAGCGCUUCCCCCUGGAACCUCAGCCCUUUUUCCAAAACCUCCAUCCACCACAGCUCGCCGGGACCCCUCUCCGUCUACCCACCCGCCUCCUCCUCCACUUUAUCUGCCGGCCACUCCAGCCCGCACCUUUUCACCUUCCCGCCGACCCCUCCCAAAGAUGUGUCCCCGGAUCCGUCCAUCUCCACUCCCGGCUCCACCGGCUCCAGCCGGCAGGACGAGAAGGAAUGCAUCAAAUAUCAGGUGUCCCUGGCCGACACCAUGAAGCUGGAGUCGUCCCACUCUCGGAGCAGCAUGGCCUCUUUAGGGGGAGCCACGUCCUCCGCGCAUCACCCCAUCACUACCUACCCGCCGUACGUCCCAGAAUAUGGCUCUGGACUUUUUCCCCCCAGUAGCCUCUUAGGAGGAUCGCCUACCGGGUUCGGGUGCAAAUCCAGACCGAAAGCACGGUCAAGCACAGAAGGCAGGGAGUGUGUAAAUUGUGGGGCUACCUCAACCCCCCUGUGGAGAAGAGACGGCACCGGGCACUACUUGUGUAACGCCUGUGGACUCUAUCACAAAAUGAAUGGACAGAACCGGCCCCUGAUCAAACCCAAGAGAAGACUGUCUGCAGCCAGGAGGGCGGGCACGUCCUGCGCGAACUGCCAGACCACCACCACCACCCUGUGGAGGAGAAAUGCCAACGGCGAUCCCGUCUGUAACGCCUGCGGGCUCUACUACAAGCUGCACAAUAUUAACAGACCCCUGACUAUGAAGAAAGAAGGAAUUCAGACCAGAAACCGAAAAAUGUCUAGCAAAUCCAAAAAGUGCAAAAAGGUCCAUGACAACCUUGAAGACUUUCCCAAGAGCAGCUCCUUUAACCCCGCCGCCCUCUCCAGACACAUGUCCUCUAUCAGCCACAUUUCACCCUUCAGUCACUCCAGCCACAUGCUGACUACACCGACACCGAUGCAUCCUCCAUCCAGCCUCUCCUUCGGACCUCACCAUCCCUCCAGUAUGGUCACUGCCAUGGGUUAGCGAUAGACUCCCCUGCUGAAUGCUUACGGUCUCAAAAUGAGAAUUACUUUAUAUACUUGCAUUUUUGCAGGCGUGCGGUUAUGGGUCUGACGUCCCGAGUCAAAUGGGAGGGGGAAAAAAAAAGAAUAAAAAGUAAAAAUAAAAAUGUUAUUUGAAGGCGUGAGAGCGAAAGUAAUAAUAAUAAUAAUAAAAUAAAAAGAUUAAAAAAAACUACAAAAAGCACAAAAAAAGGAAAAAAAAAGAAAAAAAGGAAAAAAGUUUUAAAAAAAAGUUUUAAAAAAGUGAUGUUUGCCACUUUUUAAAGGAACUCACUAUGGCGUCUAUGUAUUCUUACCCACUGAAUCUGGAUACCAUUUGUGAAUAAGCCAUUCAGAACUUGCAUUCCCUAUUGGACAGGAUCUCUAGUGCUGUGAAAAAUAAAAUAAAAUAAAAUAAAAAACG